CUUCUCUUUUUCCUCUCCCCAGAUUCUCUUCACCGUCUCUCAUUUACUCUUUUUGGUGGCUUUGUUUAUCACCUACCUUGCCUUGGGCCUUGGACAGACAGGAUACUGCGCGCCCUUUCGCAAGCCGUCGCCAACGAUUCUCCCUUUUUUUUUGACAAUUUUCUUGGUGAAUAAAAAAGACUACUUGAAUUACGGCUCUCUUUUAAUUUUGAUAGCAACCAAUUGGAUUGUUUACUCAGCAAAUCGCAAUGCUUGUCAAAUCUAGCCUCCUCGCCCUCGGGGCAGCAUCCAUUGCUGCUGCAGUGAAGCCUGUCGUCGUCAAGGACAACCACUUUGUGAACCCGGAAAAUGGCAGCCGCUUCCAGAUCAUUGGUGUUGCCUACCAGCCUGGUGGUUCUGCCGGUUACAAGCCCGAAUCCGGAAUCGAUCCUCUUAGCAACGCCGAUGUCUGCUUGCGUGAUGCUGCCCUCAUCCAAAGUCUGGGAGCCAACGCCAUCCGAGUUUACAACCUGAACCCCAACCUGAAUCACGACGAAUGCGCUAGUAUCUUCAACGCUGCCGGUAUCUACAUGGUUCUCGACGUCAAUUCUCCCCUUGUCGGCGAAUCCAUCACGAGCCACAACCCCUGGGAGUCAUAUUACGGCUCAUACGUCAACCGCACAUUGGCUGUUGUCGAGGCUUUCAAGGACUACCCAAACACUCUUGCUUUCUUCUCGGGCAAUGAGGUCAUCGCUAAUGUCGACACUGGAGCCACCGUUCCCCCGUACAUUCGUGCUGUGACGCGCGAUUUGAAGAACUACAUUGCCAAGCACAGCAAGCGACCCAUCCCCGUGGGCUACUCGGCCGCCGAUGUUCGCUCUGUCCUUUUUGACAGCUUCGAAUACUUCCAAUGCGCAAUCGAUGGCAAAUCGGACGACAUGAGCCGGGCCGAUCUGUUCGCUCUGAACAGCUACUCUUGGUGCGGUGACAGCAGCUUCACCAAGAGUGGUUACGACCAGCUCGUCGCUGGAUUCAAGGGCACUUCGGUGCCCGUCUUCUUUUCCGAGUACGGCUGUAACACUCCCUCUCCCCGUAUCUUCACGGAAGUUGGCGCGAUCUACGGCGACCAGAUGAACACUGUCUUCAGCGGUGGCGUCGUAUACGAGUACGUCCAGGAGCCCAACAACUUUGGACUGGUUGAGAUCAACAACGAUGGCUCGGUCACGGUUCUCGACGACUACUUCACUCUGAAGGACCAGAUCGCCAAGCUUGAUUUCAAGAAGGUUCAGGGCGUCUCUGCCGCUGCUGGUCAGAGCGCUGCGCCACCUAAGUGUGAUACUGGCCUGAUCAAGGAGAAGGGCUUCAACAACAACUUUACGCUGCCCGUGCCUCCCCCUGGAGUGCCCGAGAUGCUUCAGGAUGGUAUCAAGCCCGCUCCUGUUGGCAAGCUCGUCGACAUCAAGUCGUGGAAGGUUACUCAUCCCAUCAAGACCAAGGCUGGCAAGAGCAUUGAUGGCCUUGAAGUCAAGAAGCUCGCCAACGACGCCAUCAACCAGCCUGGAUCUAACAGCGGGACUGGAUCUGGCACCCCCAGCUCUGGUGCCUCGGCCGGCGGUGCAUCGGCUUCGCCUGACAAGAAAGAUGCCGCUGGCAAUGUUCGGGUUGGCUUUGCGACGGUGUUUGUAUCUGCCGCGGCCGCCGCAGCAUGUGCCGUCUUUGUAUUCUAGACCAAGAAAAGACAGCAGCAACAGUCUGUCGUGUAGCAUUUAUUUACCGAAACAGUAUUCGAGAUUGUCAGGACGAAUUAUUUCCGGAUACAGCGAAGAUAUUUCAGUAUAGGGAUGGCCUCGUUAUUUAAUAUGCGGGCGCUACACGGAACCUUGUGUUAGACUUUACAUUGCUGGGGUGUUUUUUUCUUCUUCAUUUUCUUCUUUGUCUUUAUCCAGUGAUGGUGCAUGAAUCCCCUCUUCAAUACACUUGAACGUACAUAUUAUUCAAUCAAAACAGUUUGAAUCAUAGGGAAAAAUGACGAAACUCGAUGUUCCUGAGCCACUGUAUUGCG